AAUUAUACAUAUAGAAGAAGGGACAAUUUUCGAAAUUUCCCUUACCUCAUAACAUCCCGAGCCGAAUAAACGACGAAUUAUCGUCAAUCACGCUGUCUCGAUUUCUUUCGCUAAUACGUACUAUUUCAACCGCCAACAUGUUCAAACGCUCGUUCCGGUCCGCGGACCGAGUCGACAAGUCGGCGAGGCUAAAGAAAUCCAACAACGGGAACAAUACGGUUCGGGAUCCUCAGAAGCUGGCGAAACUGCAGCGGUCGCUUGAGGAGAUUCUUCCCGCUAAGAAGACCCUUAACUCUCCUAUUGUCACUUUGACGGUUGGUAGAGAAGCGCGACUGUUCGCGGCCCACGAGGAGGUUCUAUGUCAGUCACCCUAUUUCGAAAGGGCCUGUCGGGACCAAUACCUUGAGGCGCAGGGCAAGAGGAUUUCCCUUCCGGACGAAGAACCCGAGAUCUUCUCGGCAAUACUCGAGUACCUCUACAAGGGUGACUAUUACCCACGCUUGAUGCACAACAAGCACCGAAACUCUUGGGAACUCGAGGACGCCGUGAGAUCACCCGACCCUUCAGAAAACAACCGAGCUGGCCGCGGAGCCGUCGAGGCCACAAUGUAUGUCUCCAGCGUGGGCCAGUACCUCCUACGGGAUACUGUCGUCUAUUGCGCCGCCGAUAGGUUCGGACUCGAAGAACUCAAGCGCCUGUCUCUUCGGAAGCAGGGGCUACAGAGCGGCAUCGAUGUCGGAACGAUCCUUCGGUCGGCCCAGUACGCCUACGACAACACGCCGGACACGGACUCACGGCUACGCGCUCAUUAUCUCGCCCUAAUCAUCCGAUGUCGCAAGACGUUUAAGAGGAGUGGAACCAUGCAAGCAGAGAUGGAACGGGGCGGCAAACUCUUCUUCGACCUAUUCGUGGCCAUGUGCAACCAUCUCGACGACGUCGUGGAGAUGAGCAAUGCUCGGACACCAAAGACGAUCUAAAGAUCUACAACGACAACAUAACAAACAUGAACCCACUGAAUAUCUGGUCCCUUGAGGGGUGAAAUAUACGGCGUUGAACGAAGUGAUUUUAUUGUUUUGAUAUGGCGAGGAACGAAACGGAACUGUCAUAGGGAAGGGAUGAUUAUUUGCUUUUCCUUGUCUUUGGAUUCUUCCCUCAACUCAGUCUCUCCCGGAUAUUAAGUCAUCAGAUUGGAACACCAUUUGGGAGAUAACAUCACUCCACUUCUUGUCGAGGUUGGCCGACCAAUUUUUUGAUGAUUUUUAUUUUAUUUGG